UAAAAAUUUAAAAAUGAGGAUCGAAAAAAUAAAAGAUUCAAAAUAAUAGCACUCUAUAUUUAUUUUAAUUUCCUUAAAAGCACCCAAAUCGCCUGUUUUCCAUCGCCAUACUUCCCGAGGAGGAGAGAGAGAGAAGCAAAGAGGAGGACACCGGCGAGAAUACGAUGUCGUUUUGUGGCCUAUCAACUCCGCAGUCUAUGCCUCUCUUCUCCAAACCCUUUCAUGCCCACAGACCUCCUCCUCCUCUGACCUCUCGCUUCAGAGCUUCUGCUGACGUUCCUGACUUUCUCUCUGCCGAUUGUGCAGAAGAAGCUGUCCAAUGCCAACUUGAUGCAUUGAUGUUCAAUGACCAACCCCGUCCAGAUUAUGGGAUCGAAGUCAUGUACAGGUUUGCUGGAUUUGAUCCUUUUGAAAGGUCAACCUAUUUUGGGCCAUUCUUUGACUUGGGGCAGUUUGAAAGAUUCAGGCGGAUUUUCCACCAUUCGACCUAUCGAGUGUUGCUUGGACACAGGGAAAGGAAGAUCUUGAGCAGUUUGCUGGUGGAGGAGAAUCAAUAUAAGCAGCGGGUUUGGAUAAGAGGAGCUCGCCCUGAGGAAGAAGAAAUAUUUCAAUUUACCAUGGUUCAGAGGGUUGGGGGUUCAUGGGAUGGUUAUUGGCUGACAGAGUCUCUACUUCACGAUGGUGAUAGUUUUUCUGGUGGUGUGGCUUACUGAACCAGUCAAUCUGGUCUUCAGAUGGUGGGCAAUGAAUUACUAAUGGCUUUUUGUUGAAGCAUUGACAUUGCUUCUCCUUACCUUCAGAUUCUGUACAUAUAUGUAAUAAAAUGCAAAUUGUUGUAAUGUUCAUAGACGAGGCUAGUAUAUAUAUAUACAUGUACAUACUAACUUGUCAUAUUGAACUCCUAUGCUUUUGAACAGUAUGCACAUCUUUGUAAAUGUUUUCCUUCCAUUCAUUCUUGGCUCUCUGUGGGUGCAUCCAAUGGCUGACCCCGCCUAUCUCAAA